AACAAAAUGUCAUUAAAAUUCUAGAGACAGUUAUGUAAGCAAUAAUUUAAAUAAUGUAUGAAACAGCAUAUUUUACUAAGUAUAUUAGUAAGCAACAACUUGAGAGAAAGGCAAUAUGGGUGAUGGAAGGACUCGAACCUACAUCUCCUCCAUUCUAUGUAGCUGACCUAACCAAUUAAUCUACAGCACUAGCUGCCAACCCACUUUCAGGAUCAUCUGUUAGAGGCAAAUUCAAUCCUACCCAUGCCACCGUUCCUUUGUUCUUUCAAGCUGCUUGAUACCCCAGCUGGAAGUGUUGAAGUGAAACAAACCAGUGGUACCUGGAAAGCUUCUUCGAAUUCAUCUACAAGAUUUCCGCUGCUGUUGGUAGGUGUGGCCAUAGCCGAAACUGGUGGAGAAGCUUCUUUCAUGGGAGUCAUUGGACCACAACAAUGUGAUUAAAGCUGGUAUUCACUAAAUAUAG